AUGGGGAGUUUCAAGGGUCAUGCCCUCCCCGGAACCUUCUUCAUCAUCAUGGGUAUUUGGUGGACUCUAAAGUGCAUUGUGAAGUAUGUCUGCAGAAAACACAAGCGGACUUCCUAUUUUGGCUCCAAGGCAGUAUUCUAUCGAGUAGAUAUUGUGGAGGGAAUCACCAUAAUCGGCAUGGCUGUAAUUGGUAUGCUUGGGGAGCAGUUCAUUGUUGGAGGGCCCCACUUGUCCUUGUAUAACUACAAAGAAGGCCGGUGGGUCCAGCUCCUGGGCUGGCAUCACACCACCAUGUAUUUCUUCUUUGGGCUGUUUGGCGUGAUGAACAUCCUGUGCUCCACCAUCCGCUCACUUCCUACCUCUUUGAGCAAGUUAAUGUUUUCCAAUGCCUUAUUUGUGGAGGCUUUUAUCUUCUACAACCACACCCACGGCCGGGAAAUAUUAGACAUCUUUGUGCACCAGCUUUUGGUCAUGGUCAUCUUUCUGGCGGGCCUGGCCGCCUUCAUGGAGAUCUUCUUACGCGCCAACCUGACUGUGGAGCUUCUCCGCACGAGCUUCAUUCUGCUGCAGGGGAGCUGGUUCUGGCAGAUUGGUUUUGUCCUUUAUCCCCCCAGUGGGGGUCCUGCAUGGGAUCUACUGGAUCAUGACAACAUUAUGUUUCUCACCAUAUGCUUCUGUUGGCAUUAUGCGUUCACCUUUAUCAUCAUUGGAGCACUUUAUGCUUUUGUCAUCUGGUUGGUUAAAACUCGACUUAAUAGGACCUGCCCCUCAGAGGUUGGACUCCUGAAAAAUGUUGAACGUGAACAAGAAUCAGAAGAAGAGAUGUGA